AUGUUCGACUUGGAAAGCUGGCUUCUAGGGCUGGUGAUAAUCCUCGCCAUUUCUUCCCUCGUCUUAUUCAAUCUGCCAACCCAAUACGGUGGAAUCAUAGGCAAGGAUCGUAGUGCCAACAGGAUCCAGAUCCUAGUCCUGGGCGACAUUGGCAGAAGUCCUCGAAUGCAGUAUCAUGCAUUGAGCAUAGCCAAACAUGGGGCACAGGUGGACCUCAUUGGAUAUCGGGAGUCUGACCUACAUCCUGAUAUACUUGCAAAUUCCAAUGCAAUCAGAGUACAUGCCCUUCAUCCUGCUCCCGCUUGUCUCCAGACGAAAGACAGGCGACUCUUCCUGGUAUAUGGGCCGUUGAAAGUACUCUUUCAAAUCUGGACAUUAUGGCUUGCUCUCGGAUACAGGGCCAAACCCUCCAGAUGGAUGCUUGUUCAAAAUCCUCCCUCGAUACCCACUCUUAUCGUCGCGUAUGUCGUCUGCUUCCUUCGCCAUACACGACUCGUAAUCGAUUGGCACAACUUCGGGUACUCCAUCCUUGCCCUAAGACUUGGGAGCACGCAUCCACUUGUCCAGAUAUCACGCCUGUACGAACAGCUGUUCGCUCGCUCUGCCGAAGCCCACUUCUGCGUGACUAAUGCUAUGGCACGAGUCCUAGAACGAGAUUAUGGCAUCACAACGAAGAUCUUACCUCUCCACGACCGUCCAGCAUCCCACCUACAAGUCCUUACCGAAGCGCAGCGCUCGAGCUUCCUCGCCACCUUGCCGAAUCUUCUCAGUCCAGGUGAUGACCAAAGGCUACAAGACUACCAGCGCCUCGUCUCCGAAAUCAAAAUGAGCAAAUCGCGCCUCAUAGUCAGCUCAACAUCCUGGACGCCUGACGAAGACUUUUCCGUCCUUCUCGAGGCACUCACCAAUUACUCUGAUUUGGCAAUAACCACACAUCCUCAUCUCCCAGAGGUAUUGGUCGUAGUAACGGGCAACGGCCCGCAAAAAGAUGCCUUCCUAACCCGCAUACAGAGCUUGAAAGCGGAAGAGAAACUCGAGAUGGUGACCAUCGAAACUGCUUUUCUUAGCACUUCCGAUUAUGCUGAGCUACUUGGAUCAGCUGACCUGGGCGUGAGUUUGCACACGAGUAGCAGCGGUGUGGAUUUACCGAUGAAGGUGGUAGAUAUGUUUGGGACUGGGUUGCCAGUUGUGGGGUGGGGGGAUUUCGAGGCGUGGCCAGAGCUCCUGCAUGAAGGGGUGAAUGGGAAGAGCUUCAGUGAUGCAGAAGGCUUGCAGGAAGUGUUGAUGGAACUGUUUGGUGGGGACGAGGAGUUGUUGAGGCGAUUGAAAAAGGGCGCUGUUGAGGAGGGGAAAUUGAGAUGGGAUGAGGAGUGGGACCGAGUUGCUGGGACACUCUUCUUCCCCACUUGA